CCUCCAACUUGCUCCAGUACGUCGAUGCUCUUGAGCACCCUUGUCCCUUCAAUCUCCUUAGAAAUCGUCACCCUACUCAAAAAUAACGGAAUAAUAACAGACAGAGACCUCUUAUUCCAGGAAUCUGCUCUCGACAUAUACCUAAAGUUACCUCGCGACGCGUUAACACUACCGCAACUUCGUGCAUUCAUCGUACGCGUUACAGAGCUGCUUUCUGCCCCAGGAAUUUGCUCUGCUGAUAUACCAGAUGCUCCUCAUUCAAAACUACUUACAGGUGUUGCCGAAUUGGAUGCUCUCACGGAUGGCUUUGCUAGGUCGCAAAUAGUUGAAAUUUCUGGGGACAGAGGAUCAGGAAAGACGGCAUUUGCGUUGAAUUUGACUGUCCGUUAUCUGCAGGCUCAGCGGGACUCCGUUGCACUAUGGAUUGACACGCGUGGCGAGUCCUCACCUGACCGAGCCUACCGUAUCCAGACUUCAAUGGACCCAGAGGCCUCAGACGUCUUGGACCGGCUGCAGAUUUCUGUGGCAUUCGAAAUUGAGGCUGUCUAUGAGGUUCUGUGGGCACUUCCAGCGUUGCAGCAACGCGUCGGCUGCAUCUUUAUCGAUAGCAUUACUCCUAUACUACGAACCAACCUGAGCGCUGUUUCAUCUCAAGGGCAUGCCAUCAUGAGUGGCUUCAUGCAACAAUUACGUUCAUUGGCCCAGGCUCUCUCUUUGACAGUUUUCGUCAUCAACGACGCUACUGCCCUUAGAGGAGAUAAUUCCCUGUCCGCCUUUGAUUGGACCACGAAGAAGCCAGCUCUCGGCCCCUCGUUUUCCUUCAUGAGCGAUUCAACCUUAUGGCUUUCAAGAUGUCAGGAUCAAGGCGACGCAGAAAUCUAUGUCGCUGAAAUGCUUCAUUCCCGGUCUACAGUUAGUUUGUUCAAUCUUCCUUGAUGUGAGCUUACGCAAGUCGUAGCAUUCGAACACUUGGACGUGUUUUCGGA